CUAGCAACAAAUUCUCAGUCUCAAUCGAACACGAACACGGAGAGUUUCUCAUACAAUAAAUAAGUCAGCAAUAACUAAAUCGAAAUUUCUAGUUUAGUGAAAGUAUUACUUCUUUAAUAUUAAUCCAAAUUAAGUAAGUCCACGAUGGCGGCAGGUGGAUCUGAUAUGGCUGAUGUGACAACAGAGGCCCCAGUGCAGGCGCCUAUAGGACAAGUUAACCCGAACUAUAACUUGGACAAUGAACGAUUAGAUUGCGAGCGCAUAGAUGAAAUAACAACAAUAUAUAGCUACAUUGAAAGACCCUCAUUUGUCACCGUGCUUUUGAGAUUCUUUGGCAAUAUGUUCGUCGACAUCUUUCGCGCAAUAUUCUACUGAAAGGAUUUGGUUCUGUAAAUGGUAUAGUGCUUACUGAGAUCUUGUGUGGCCCCCUUUUUAAAUAAAUCGUCUGUUCAAAAUAGUAA